CUUUUCAUGCUUUUUUCUAAAUCGACCAGCUCAUCAUUUCCUAUAUCACAGCAGUAUUCCAACACAAUCACAUCCUGUCUAAACUAACUCUUGUCACCCAACAGUUAGCUAUUCCUCUGCCAUCUAGAAAUUUCAGAAACAUAGCCUCCAUGUCUUGUUACAAAGUAUUCACAACAAUGUUGAAGAAUUUAAAGUAAAGCACAGAUAACUGAGACCGUCCAAUGGACCUUCCGUUCCAAGCUAAUGAUCCAUUAAUGGCUCCUCUUUGAGUUGGUCAGAUCCACUUGACUUACUAUUACAUAACUCUUACCUAUCCAUCUUGUUGCCAAAGAUAACAUGAGAACCAUUGUUACAUGCUUUGCUCAAAUCCAGCAAUUCCAGUAAAUUGCAUCUACACUAUUCCUGUGAUCUACAAGUCUAGUUACCUUCAAUAGAGGCAGUGAGCUUACGCUGGCAAGAUUGUGUUUUUUAUUCUUGAUAAAGCUUUUAAUGGCUUUUAAUGAUCUUACUCAUUUUCAGUGCUUGGAAACUCUCUCUUUAGUAGUGUUUCAGAAUAUUGUUAGGAAUAAGUCAAGCUCCCAUGUGGUUUUUGUAGACUCCAAUCUUAUCUCUUUUUUGCUCUUUUCUUAUACCAUGAUACUCAUUUCCAACUUUACAAACAGAUGACAACUGGAAUAUUCAGCUUACAAAAUUUAAAAAUCAUUGUUGUCAUGCAAAUUUUGGGUGAGUUCUGCUGAAUGCAACCCCAGGAUGUAUUAAAAUGUUUUAUGACUCAGCCCAGUACAUCAUAGAAAGGUUUGGGCAGAUUAAUAGCAAUUCACUCACAGAUGGAGUCCCUGGUCAGCUCUCUCACUUCCAAAAUUAUGCCCCAUACUAGAUUAGGGCAGCUUGCCAAGUGGUGGCUCAGAGAAGCAAAUAUGAGUCCUGGUCAGAGGCAUAUUACCUCUGAGGGCCUGGGUUUAUAUAAGGUCUCCAGAUAAAGUGCCUGCUGGGGCAGCUGUCACACUGCUGCUGGGGUGAUAGGGUCAGGGAACAUGGACCAGUAGCAAAAGUAGGGGUUUCUAAAAAUUAACCAGGAAGGCCAACUCAGGGUGAGAAAGGUAGAAUUACAACUGCAGCCUCAGCAAGUUUGUGGAAGAGUUUCAGCAGCCAUCUGUAACUAGAACUUUGUACAGCUGAGGUUUAAUUUUACUAGUAUUGUGUGACAGGUUUCAGGCCCUCGAGAAUAGUGCCAUAGAGUCUGCUGCCCAUUUCAUUGUACUCUCCCCAAAAUGUAAAAAAAAGAGAAAAAAAGAAAAAAGUAAUUGUGUAAGUAAGUUUCUCAGAAUCAUUGGAAGAGGGAUGGACAGCAUAUGAGACUGCUAACAGAACAAGAGAUGGUAUUCCAAGCUGAUAAUCAGUAAACAGUCACCUAUCAAGGAACACCAAUUUGAAUUGCACACAAUUUUUUACCUAAAAUGAGACCAGGCAGUUUAAAUUUAUAUAUAAAAAAUCAAGGAAAACUGCACUUUAGCCCAAGACCACUUGCACUAUUUAGUUAAACUGCACCUACUAUUAAAGGUUCCCUUACCCCUAAAAAUGGGUUUUCAGAACACCUACAACUAAGAAUCUCUACUGGAAAAAGCCAGCUUUCCUUGACACUUUUGAUAGGCAAAGCACCCAGAAAUAACUUCAACAGGUAAAUCCUUGAAAAAAAAUUACAGCUAUGAAUGACAAUCAAUAACAAUGUAAAUUCCAUGUAGGGUUAGCAACACAGCUGUACGGCUAUCAUAUUCAGUUAAAAAACCUCAAAGAAAUGAUCUUGAGUAGAACGGCCAGAAGAAAAGAGGCCAUAUUUGCCUCGGACCCAUUGCUGUGCCAAUCAGCACAAAGCAGGACUGAAGCAAGUCAAGCCUGAGCAUACAUUCAAACUAUGGAGAGUAAGAAUGGGCUCCUGGAGGGCAGAACUGUUUUGUUUGUUUUUGUAUUCAUGGUAACUGGCACAUAGUAGGUGCUUAAUAAAUGCUAGUAGAAUGGGUUUGGUGUGUUCUAGAAUGAUCUCAAGCUGUGGAGGGAUUACUUUGGGAGGGGACAGCAAAAUAAGUGUUGUCAUUAUGAAGAACAGUUCCCCAAUUGCAGUCACCUCAGAGGAACUUUAAUGUUGGAACAGUUUGGACUUGAUUACCAAAUACCUCAUACCCCAGAUGGGGAAACCAGAAAAGAACUGGAACUUCCAAUCUGUGGAUCCCCUGAAGUUUUCUGGGAAUACAUCUCCUAGGUUUGCAGUUGUCUCAGACGCAAUGGCUUCAAGGUUACUGCAGGGCACCUGGGCGCUGACAGUCCAGGCCUUGAGGGCCUGUGGUCCUGCCUGGGCUGCCGCUCCCUCCAUGGCGACUGGAGGAGGUAUCCCUUCUGAUGAAGAGCAGGCUACUGGCUUGGAGAGAGAGAUUAUGAUUGCAGCAAGGGAUGAUUUGGAUCCAUACAAUAUCUUAGCCCCAAAGGCAGCUUCAGGGACUAAGGAGGAACCCAACCUGGUCCCUUCCAUCACUGACAAGCGAAUAGUGGGCUGUGUCUGUGAAGAGGACAACAGUGCAGUCAUCUGGUUCUGGCUUCACAAAGGCGAGAUACAGCGUUGCCCUAACUGUGGAACCCAUUACAAGCUGGUACCCCACCAGUUUAGCCACUGAGUCCCUGGACUGGUUUACUUGAGAUGUGUUGUAAUGUUUUCUUCCCUUCAAUAAAAGAUUAGCCAUUUCCCUGGCUCUCCCAUAAUAAUAAUAAAAAAAAGAAUAAUAAAAAGAAUACAUCUCCUACCCAUA